AUAACCAAGAAUGAAUUUGUGAUGUAGCAGGAAAUCUCUCAUGAUCACGACGGAAAGAGGGGCGCCUUUCAGGAGACUCGAACCCACCGCUUUGGGGGUAGAAGAAGCGGCGCAUCUCGCCAUCCCGAAGCAACGCCCAUUGGUAAAAAAAAAAAAAUCCAUCUCGGUAACCUUUGAUUCAGCGCACGGUAGUUCCUUCCUCGUUUUCCCUCGACGUUAUUCGGCGGUGAUUUAAUGAAGAAACACGCAUUUAUGACUUGAGAACACUUCAGGGAUCUCAUAAGAUAAGUAGACGGCAUUUAAGGGGCAAGUGGUUUCUGGUAUCCCCCAGUUACAGACAGAAGAGGGCGGUGUGUGAGUGUGUACGUUUAUUUUUUAUUUAUUUUCACCAUUUUUUUAUUUAUUUAUUAUUUAUAUAUAUUUUUUUUACGAAAGUGUUGGAGUCACGACAACGCGCACCCAGUGAUGGGGAUAUUUUUCCUCUUUCCGCCCAGCCUGCGUAUACCCAGACAUAUCAGUGUCAGGAGAGCUCCGAAAAAAACAACACCGUCGAUUUAGCAGUGUGGAAUAAACGGAGAUGGACUGAAUGAGAUCAGCGACAUGCAUGUAAGCUGGGGCUGGGAUCUCUGAUGGAGAGGAAGAAGAAUGUGACAUGCAGGAGAUAAGGCUGUAGUCCCUGGAUUUUCGAUAGCUGAUGCGCGGGGCCGGAACUGUACUACCUUAACAGGCUACAACUUAAUAAAAUCGAUUAGAUAGCUGAAUGAUACCGACUGCCAAUUUCAUGCAUUUUCACACUUUAUUGCUUGGAGUAAACUGAGUCUUCUCUAAGCCUGUGAGGGAGAAACGGCUUGGCGAUAUGUCUGCUUUCCUGAUUUCCUUACUGUUGCAAAUGGGAUUUGUUGUUGGAUCAAAUUAUGGGUACGUGGAGUGGUCGGAUCAGGACAGUGACUCGGAAAUCCGAGGGAAGCAUCCCGUGCAAAGCACCCAUGUUAGCAGCAAGGAUCCGCCGCAGCAUCCGACUUAUUUCUCCAAGCCGGUGACUGAGCGCCCAGUCCUCGCCCACAAGAUCGAGGAGGACCUGCCCAGGGUCGUGACGGCGUUUCUCCACACCGGAGACUCGGCAACGCUAAAGCAAGCCCCAUGCUCCCGGAGAUACGAGCUGAGCAGCCUGCGCGGUGCAUUGCCCGUCACUCCCCAUCACUCCCUGCACGGUGUGCUGGAUACGGUGGCUCACGCCGCCAACUUCCUGAAUAUGAUCCUACAGGGGAACAGGUCGAGAGAGCACAGUCUCCGGCGAGACGUACACUGGUACCACGCGUUAGUCCAGAGCAUGCUGGAGGGCGAUCCAAAGAUCCACCGUGCCGUCGUUACAUUCAGCACAGAAUCGUCUUUGCCCAGUCCCAAUAUCUUUCUCCAAGCCACUAGGAUGGAUAGUGAAAUAGUCCUCCAAGAUCUUUCAAAUACGUCCCACAAUUAUCUAAAAAACAAAACCUCCGAGUCGGAAUGGUUCAGUGAGUUCAGGGACAAAAAGAAGCCACAUCUGCAUAGGAGGGUCACGGGGAAAGAGGCGAACCCAUCAGCCGAAACGCACACGAGAGUGGACGGCUACGUCUUCGAUAAAACUCAGAUAAAGUGGUCGGCUCCCUUCCUCGAGUGCGAAAAUGGGAAUUUUAUUCCCCACUGGCUCCUCACUUUGUCCGCCGGCUUCUACGGCUUGAAGCCGAACUUGGCACCUGAGUUCAGGGGCGUCGUGCGUGUGGAUGUCAACCUGCAGGACGUGGACAUCGACCAGUGUUCCAGCACUGGGUGGUUUGGUGGGACCCACAGGUGCAACCUGACCACCAUGGAGUGCCAGCCACUCCUGGGCCAUGGAUUCGUCUUGGACAAAUACCGAUGUCACUGCAAGAAAGGAUUCUACCAUCCUAGUAGGCUGCCUGCCAACGGUGAUGAAAGGAGAGAGAAGGCCCAGGGGGCUUCCACGAGCCCCCAGGCGGAGGGGAUGUCCGAGGGGGUGCUGGAGGGGGCCAGUCGGUGCCUGCCCUGCCGUGAGGGCUGCAUGCACUGCAAGGACGACACACCGUGCCUAGUGCAGGAGGACAGCGCUCUGCGCCUGGCCGCCAUCUCCUUCCAGGGGUUCUGCAUGGGUACCGCCAUCAUCGGCAUGCUGCUAGUGUACCACUUCCGCCGCAGCAAGAGAAUCAAAGCUUCAGGUCUGAUUCUUCUGGAAGCCAUCCUUUCUGGAUCUCUGGUCCUCUACUUCCCGGUGAUGAUAUUGUACUUCCAGCCGAGCAUUUUCCUCUGCGUUCUCCUGAGAUGGGCUCGACUUCUGGGAUUCGCUACCGUUUACGGAACCGUGAUUCUCAAAUUGUACCGGGUUCUGAAGGUGUUCCUGUCACGGACCGCCCAGAGGAUCCCCUACAUGACCAGCUGGAGGGUCCUUCGCUUGCUGGGGAUCAUCCUGCUCGUCGUGUGCUGGUUCCUGGUGGCCUGGACCCUGGCCGCCUUCCAGAACAUGGACCGGGGCCGGUCCUUGAUCGACGUGGGCCUGACGCCUGAUGGCCAGCAGUUCAGCCUGUGCCUGCUGGACCGCUGGGACUACAUGAUGGCCGUUGCCGAGCUGGUCUUCCUGCUUUGGGGUGUCUAUCUCUGCUACGCCGUUCGGACUGUUCCCUCCGCCUUCCACGAGCCGCGCUACAUGGCCGUAGCCAUCUACAACGAGCUCACCGUCUCCGGAAUAUUCCACGUCAUCCGGUUUAUGUUGGCGCCGGGGCUGCACCCAGACUGGAUGCUGAUGCUUUUCUUCACUCACACGCAGCUGACUGUGACCGUGACCCUGGGACUGCUACUUGUACCCAAGUUCCUGUUCGCAGGCACCCACACGAGGGACGACAUCGCCACAGAGGCCUACGAGGACGAGCUGGACAUGGGCCGGUCCGGGUCCUACCUCAACAGCAGCAUCACGUCGGCAUGGAGCGAGCACAGCCUGGAUCCCGAGGACAUACGGGAGGAGCUGAAGAAGCUAUACGCUCAGCUUGAGAUCUACAAGAGAAAGAAGAUGUUGGCCAACAACCCACAUCUGCAGAAGAAGAGAAGUUCCAAGAAGGGACUCGGUCGCUCCCUCAUGAGGCGCAUCACGGAGAUUCCGGAGACCAUGAGUCGGCAGUGCAGCCGGGAUGAGAAAGACCCGGGGGAUCAUGGGAGUAACAGGAACAGCUUCUGUACGCUCAGGCGAAACCCCUUUGACCCCUCCCACUCCAGCAAGUCCAAGGAAGACUCACUGAAAAACAAAGUCUUCUCCCUUAAGAAGUCACAUAGUUACGACCACGUCCGGGAGCAGAACGAAGAGCUAAACAGCUCUGCCAAUGACCAAAUGGAGGUUUCCACCAUGGAGAACUCACUGUUGGAUACACUGAUGGGCAAGAAGCUGGGGAAGAAGUCUCCAGAGAAGGCCGAGGGUGAGUCUACAGAAUCGGUACCCCUGGUAUGUAAAUCUGCCAGUGCACAUAACCUGACACUGGACAAGAAGCCUGUGCAUCUCAGGACGUCCAUGCUACAGAAAUCCCUGAGCGUCAUCACAAGUGCCAAGGAAAAAACUCUCGGGCUCACAGGAAAAACACAGACCACAGAGGAUGGCGGGAAGAAAGGCGUAAACAAGAACAAAGACAACAAGGUGCUAUCGGAGAUAAAUGAAUCAGCGGAGUGCUACCCCAAAAUGAUCAUCAGUCAGUCGGUGGAGUACCGCCAGACUGCCAAUAAGAUCGGCAUCAUGAAGCACCCGGUUAGUGGGAGCCAGCCGUCCAUUUGCUCUGAGUCGGGAAGGUCUAAGGAGCUGUAUGACCUUUCCGAAGUCUGCCCUUGGGAAGUGGAGGACCUUCCAACUCCCUCUGAAAACAAAGUCCAGAAGCAUGUGUCCAUUGCUCCAGAUGAGACAACUACCAUCCAUGGGAGUGGAACCAAGGGGAAACUGCAUCAAAAGUUGAAAGUUGUGGAUCAGUCCCCCUCAAACAGCAAACGUUCCAGCCAGAAGACGCCAGAGAAGUCAGCAGCGACUUCCAGGGAGGAGGUCAUUGAGAGCCGUGGGCUGAGGAAGGGGAUAAAGCCUCUCGCUCCACUUAGCCUCACUGGGAGUGCCCCUCAAAGUGCAGAUGUGUGCUCCUGGGAUUUUGAAGAGUCACGGGCUAAAGCUGAGGCCGCAAGAUCUCCAGAUAUAAUCAGGCGCAAAAAAAGUGUCACCCCAACAGAAGGAAAAGGAAAGACCCUCCAUUCAGAUCACUCCAAAUCCACUGGAAGCCUUUUGCAAUCAUCCACUAUGAGAGCUGACAUCUGCCCCUGGGACUUUGACGGUCCUCCAUCCCCUGAUUCCGAAAAGGCUCCCAGUCCACCUCAAAUCUCGAAGGGGAAGGACUCGCAUUCGAAAAGAAAAGGGACACCUUCCUCCAAAGCUUCAGAGAGGGACAAGGAGAAAUCAAAAGACAAGGAUGAUGAGAAACGCAGGUCCAAGAGCAAGGAUAAAGGUUCCUCCAGCAGGUCUACAGAGAAACGUCGCAUCAGCCAGUCGAAAGUGGGGGGAGGCUGCGUCUCGGACGUGGAAUGCACCCGCGACUCACCAGUGUCCGAGAGGCGGAGAAGCUCCACAAAUGGGCAGACUUCUGCUAAGAGCAGGAGUGACUUUUGCCCAUGGGACUUCGAGGACACAUUCUAUGAUAAAGACGUGGACCACAGCCCUUCCACCGGGAAACAAAAUACUCUGCACUCUAAACCGGUGGCAGCAGAUGGCACCAAGGUGGACGACGUGUGCCCAUGGGACUUCGAUGACACACUAUCAGAGAAAAAUGCAUGACACUCAAAAGGAAGAGACUUCUCUGUAUUGAGAUCUCAAUGUACUUUUUCUAUACACAAUACCAAACCCUCUCAUUUUUACUGAACUUAUGGUGAUGAAAAAAGAGGGGAUUUUGCACAUGUUGCCUUUUUCCAGUUUUGUCUUUGUUCUUUCCUCAAAUUUUUAUCAAAGAGAAUGGAGAAAAUUGUGUACCAAGAUGCAUUCCAAAUUCGUACUCCGUCUGUGCUGAAUUGUAACGAUGUAUUCUGAUAAUUAUGCAACUCAGUCACUUUAUAUGCGUGGUAGAAAAUCUUGACUCAUCACACCUAGUGCACAUUGUCAACGCCCGGACUCUUCGCGGUGCAGCCAUCGCGUCUCUUGAGUUAAUGGAUUGUGGGAAACUCACAUUGCAAGCCACACAUUGCAUCCUUUGGAUCAGUUGGACAAGAGAUUUUCGGUGGCGCGACCAAGACAGCGAUCAAGAGAGAUAUGACACAAAACCAAGAGUUUUCACCCAUCAUUGUGCAAUUCUGUUUCACAACCAAAUGUGUGACAGGGACAGUGUGGAACACAAAUGCGCAAUAAACUGGAAGCAACAUAAAAUUGUACAUACUAAUACCUCUCAUUUGGAAAAAUAAAUCUGGUGAAGUAACUGUCAGAAUAUUCAAUGGAUAGUCUUGUGGCAGGUUAUUGCAGAUUACUGUUCCAUCACUCCAUUCCACUCAAAUCUUUCACCAUGAGACAAAAAGCUCAGUUUGACUGAAGGCCUCUCAAACGGGCUCUUCGUUCAUCGUUUUUUUAAGCAUGAUGUAGUGGUCUUUUAGGUCAUUUGUGUCUGAAGAGCACGUGCGUAGCUGAGGUCUGGAGAAGACGCAAGUAUCGUGAAUGAAUAUUAAGGAAACAUCCUGUCAGAUUCGAUCCCUGCCGGGGUUGUUGUUGUACCUCCCUCUGGAGAUGCUGACUCUUGGUUCUCUGUGCGCUUAUUAGUUGGUUUAUUGGUUGCCCAGGUAGAGGGGGCUUUAGGGCCAUGGCUGUGACUUUCACCCCACUCUGCUUGCAUGGAUUUUGCAUGCUCACCCCAUGUUUCAGUCUCUUUAUCCUGGCUAUUCCGUUCUUUCUUCCACUUUCCAAAGUCAGGCGGUUGAGAUGUUUCCGAAUGACCCUGUAUUGGUCUGAAAUCUCAUCCAUUGUUUACCCUCACCUCUUGCUGUGACCAUGCAUCAGAUGAGCUGUCGUGUAAGGUGCUUAAGGAUGGUCAGGGGCGCUGUGAAGGGGGGGAAAUUAGGACGAUUCCCUGAGUGACAGGGGCCCUAAAAAAUUCAGAAAAUAAUAAUUGGAGUGGUUUGAGUUGGGGGCCCAGUAUCAAGUGCUUUUAUGGGGCCCGGAAUUUUCAGCGGCAGCCCUGAGGAUGAUUAACCCCCCCCCCCCCCGUGUUCAGAGUGGUUUAUCUGCAGUAUAAAAAAAAAUAUUUCAAUGUAACAAAACAACAACAAAAACAACAUUUCAAAAAGUAUCAGAACUAUUCAUGUCCAUGGAAUGUUGCAUUAAAAAUAUAACAUGAAGCUUUAAAAAUAUUACAUAUAUUGUUGUAACUAAUGUAAUAUUUCUAUUUGAACCAAUACUGGUCCUCUAGUUGUGCUUUGAUGUUGCUUCGCAUUAGAAUAAAUUCUAUGGUCUUUGUUACAUUCUUCUGAAAAUGAAGCGGGUGCAUAACCCUCUGUGUUUGUUUUUUAUUUCACAUAAAUAAUAUUGAUAGAUGAUGUUUCAAAUACGGAACUUGUCCAGCUUUUACCUUGUUUACUAGUUAAGAUUUUGCAGGAGAAUCAAAACAUCUGUUCAUUUAUUGAAAACACAGAACAGAGAUCUCGUACUAUACUGGGAUGGUGCAGUGAGCGCCAUCAUCACCCCACGUCCUCUAGGCUUGAGGUUCUGAAUCCUGUCUCUGCUUUGUGGUUGUGUGCAGCUUACAUUUUGGGCAGCUUUCUUACAGGCAAUCAGUUUCCUUCCACAGUCCACAGACAUGCACUUAGGCUAACUAGCAUCUCUUACUUGCCUGUCAAGUGUGACUAUAUUAUAUGUACUUUGUUAUGGACUAGCAUCCUGUGCAGGGUAUCACCCCACCGUGAUAAGCUCUAGCCUCCUCUGGAAACCCUAAAAUGGAUGGAUGGAUGAAUGGAUGGAUGGAUUGAUUUAUGGAUGAAUGGAUGGACUGAUGGAUGGAUGGAUUGAUUUAUGGAUGAACGGAUGGACGGAUGGAUGGAUGGAUCUAUGGAUGAAUAGCAUACUAGCCUAAUUAAUUUGCCGGCCUGUGUGCAGACAGAUGAACAGAUGUGCUGUGUUUUCACUGCCUAUUUCUAAGGUUCCGUUUUGAAAGUUAACACAGAACAGCAUGACAUGAAACCUGUUUGGCUAAAGCGAUGACCUUCAAGGUCUCACGCCCCCUGCUGCCGCCUGAUGCUCCAUAACUGUAUAGCACACGGGCACUCUGAUUUGAAAGCACAUCACUGUACGUGACGUUAAUGAAAAUGGAAUUGCGCCGGCUCGAGGGCAUGGUGCACCGUGUCUUAACAUCGGUGACUCAAACCUGAUGUACGUCAUCAAGCAGCCAGCACACGUGUUCCAUCUUGGGUGGGUGGGGGGCAUCUUUGAAUAGCGCCUGUGACACGUGGAUGCCAACUUCCACUGUAUCCGACUGCUUGGCCGCGGAUUGCGCUGCCGUGAUUCGUUUCGCUCCGUGCGAUGCCAGCCUGAUUCCAGGCGGCCCCCAGCAACCGUAUCCCAUGGUUACCUUUGAGAGGGAGACAAUCAGUCACCUGCAUGCCGCCUCGCACAGUUUACAACCCUGCAUGGCAUCACCUCAUUCUGACUCACGCUUAGCCCCCCAGCGCUGGCAGUAUACGGUAUGUAAGAGACCAGCAUAUUGGGAGUGUCACAUGCUGAGACCCUCUGCCGUGAUUGGCUGUAGGCAGCCAAUGGGAAUCAAAGCGCAUGAAAAGCCCGCAGAGGGCAGUAACUGACCACGGGGUGCUGGGCGUACACUUCAAACACAUCUCGGAUGGUUUGGGGUCAACCUCAUGCCACUGCUCAUCACACAGGAUGACACUUUGUGACACGGAGUUACGAUUCUUUGAAUAUGAAGUUAAAGCUUAUGGUUGAUUUUGUACAUCUGUAAGAUAUAACCAUUAAAGGUCAGAGUGUUUGGUUGCAUGGACAUGUGUCCAAAACUGAGAACCGCCCCCCCCCAAAAUCUUGCACUGGGGCCCAUUAUGAGAAGCUUAUGCCACUGUUGGAUUAGGCCACAUUUUAAGAUGUAUUUUUAACCCCCAAAAAACCAUUUGAACUGACACAAAGCUGCAAUCUCUGGUCUCUCACUGACUGUUAACGCACAGAGCUGGCGUGGUUCCCGUCUUUCUUUAUGCUCUCCUUUUUGGACUCUGCUGUGCCGAUUUUCCACUGUUUUUCCGAUUUUUAGCUCCCGCUGUGCCCAUCGACAUGGGCGAUGUCACACGAUGCUUAUAGCGGUUUCCGUUACCUUCUGCAUGGCAACAACUAGCAGGACUAAUGUAUCACUGCCCUUCUGGAACUUUGGUAUUUGGACUGUUAUAAAUUGUAUAGUGAAACUGUACCUUAACAACGGUAUCUGAUGCUUGUUAUGAUAAUACUCUAUGACGGGCUAAUGCAUCCACAUGGAAUUAUUUGGUAGAAUUGUGUCAUAUUGUGAUAGCAUGCAAAUUUAACUCCCUCCAUGCAAUAAAUAUUUCUAUAAAACCGA